AUGUCCAGUUCGGAGAUAUCCUCGUCCUCAGAUAAUUCCAAGAAUGAGCUAUGCCCGUGUUCGGCGAAUACGUCCAUCAAACCUGAGGAUAGGGUGCCGUGCUUGGAGAGAGCCCUCUCCCAGACGAGGAACACUCUGAAAGCCAAAGAGUCGGUGGUAAAGAUGCAGAAGCAGCAGCUGAAGAAGCUCGAGGAUAUGUACAAAAAAUGUUUGGAGGAGAACGACGCACUCAGCUACGCAAACAAGAAAACGAUGGACGAUCUAGAGAACCUGAGAAUUAUCAAUAAACAGUAUGAAGGGAAAAUCGUGAACACCAGCAACCAUAGUAGCAGGAAUGACAUCAGUGAUAUCAAUGAGUCCAGUAAUAGGAGUAGCAAGGAUAGUGGACACAUGGUUAAUAAGCAUAGCAUCCAUGGAAGCACGGAUGGUGAAGUCUGUAUCUGCAGCGCCGAUUGCAACGAUGAAUGCACCAAAGCCAAUGAUUGCGUAGAAGAAAUUGUCAUCGCUGAAGUUAUGCCCAAUUCAAAUAGCAUCGGAGAUGGACACGAAAGCAGAACGCAGAAUGUAGAAUUAAACGAUUCCAGUUCAACCAAAAAUAAUGAAAACUUUGUCGAAAGUAACGAUAAUGAUGAAGAGCUUUGCGAAUGUCCACACCUGAAACCCGAAGAAAAAUCAGAAGAAAGCCCACAAGUAAGAUCAGAUCAGAGAUCAAACAGUAAUAGUCCAAGAUCCAGCAAAAACGAAAGUUUAGAUCAAGACCUGAAUGCUGAGCAAACCGAAGAAACGAAUUCGAAUCCGAGUGAAGAAUCUAAUAGCAAAGACAAAGAAAGCAUCACGCAAAGUCCAAAAUUAAAUAGUCUUGAUGAAAGCAACAAAAUUGAAUCUGCAACUGUAGAUCUCGAAUCAUGUAUAUGCCCUAACACCAGUUGCAGUAGAAAACCAGCAAGUAUAAAAUCUAAUAGUCCAAAUGAAGGAAGUGUUAAGAGCGGAAGCCUCAAUAAUAAUAGUCAUGAGAGUAGUAAAAAAGGAAGUGAUAAUAGUAGUGGGAGUGGUAAAGUCGUGGAAAACCCAAGCGUUAUAACGGAAGAACUUCCAGCAACAAAUUCUAAUGAAAAAAGAAACAGUUGCGCGUGCCCGAUUAAGAAACCCGAUGCAAAUUUACAAUCAAAAAGCCAAAUUGAAAAUGUUGAUGAAAAAUUAAAUGUUGACCAUGAACUAAAUGUUGAUGCAGAAAAUCGGAGUGUUCUCAGUGAGAAAAUUGAUGAGGUAGAUCCUAUUGUAACUAAAAAGAGUUGCGCUUGCAGUAACAAAAAUCGCGAUGGAAGUCAAAAGUCGAAGAGCGUUGAUAGUUCAAAUGAAAGUAACAAAGCGAGUGCUGAAAUAAUUGAUGAAUUACAAGCAAAUGCUAGUGUAGACAGUUCUAAAAAAAGCAGCCAAGGAAGCACUGAUAGCAAGUUAGUUGAUGAACAGAGUGUUGGAAAAAGCAGUGUAAAUGCGAGUAACGAAAUGGAAGAUAAGACUAGUGUUGGACGUUCAAAUGAAGGAAGUAUUAAUAGCAAAUUAGCUACCAGUGAAAGUGUUGGUGAUGAUGAAAUUGCCGAUCUAAAUGCGUGUUUAGCAAAAGAUAAAAAAAGAAAAUGCGCAUGUUCUUCCAAAGAAAUUAAUAAAUCUCAAAGUUUGAUUGUAGGAGAUCAACAAAGCGUAACAAGUAGCAAGAAAGGAAGCGUGUCUUCGAGCGUAAAAGGAAGUCCAAAGAAGGAAAGUAUAAGUUCUAAAUCGAAUAGUGCAAAAGAAGGUAAUGGUAGCUUACUUGGAGAUGAAAUGAAAAGUAUACAUUCAAGUGUCAAAAGCAGCGAAAGCCCUAAAUCCAAUAACAAUGUCGAAACGGUUGCUCAAAGUUCCAGAUGUGGCUGUGCCGUCGGUCCAAUGCAGGAAACUGAGUUAUCAAAUGAUAAAAUUUUAGUUGAACCUGUUUCACAGCAGGAUCGUCAAACGGAUCCUGAUAUAAUCGAUAAUGAGGUUGGGUCAUUGAAAACAAAUAGCGUUGAAAGCGACAAUGUUCCUGAAGAAACUAUAAAUUCGGUAAACGAAAAGAAAGAUUGCUCUUGUCAUGUUAAGAGUUGCAAGCAAAAUAUGAAUGCUGAUGGCACUCAUAGUCCGAAGAGUCAGAAUAGCGCAAAAUCAAAUAGUCUUAACUCUAGUAAAAAGGGUAGUUUGGAUGGGAGUGAAAAUCACAGUCAAGAUUCAAGCAAAAAAGGUAGCUUAAACGGUAGUGAAAACCCAAGCCACGCAAGUCAAGAUUCAAGUAAGAAAGGAAGUUUGAAUGGAAGUGAAAAGCAAAGUCAAGAUUCAAGCAAGAAAGGAAGUCUGAACGAAAGUAAGCAUAAAAGUCAAGAUUUGAGUAAUAACAGCCAUAAAAAUGGUGGUAGUGAGAUUGAAAUAAAGAAGACUGGAAAAGGAUGCGGGUGUGCUAUUUCAAGCAGCGUUAAAAGUUCGAGUUUGACACCCGAUGUAAUUAAAGAAGAAAGUCAAGAUUUAAGCAAAAAAGGAAGUUUGAACGGAAGUAAACUUGAAAGUCAAGAUUCAAGCAAGAAAGGAAGUUUGAACGGAAGUAAACAUGAAAGUCAAGAUUCAAGCAUGAAAGGAAGUUUGAACGAAAGUAAACAUGAAAGUCAAGAUUCAAGCAAGAAAGGAAGUUUGAACGGAAGUAAACAUGGAAGUCAAGAUUCCAGUAAUAAUAGCCAUAAAAAUAUUGGUAGUGAGAAUGAAUUGAAGAAGACUGGAAAAGGAUGUGGGUGUGCUCUUUCAAGCAGCGUUAAAAGUUCGAGUUUGACACCCGAUGUAAUUAAAGAAGAAAGUCAAGAUUCAAGCAAGAAAGGAAGUUUGAACGGAAGUAAACAUGAAAGUCAAGAUUCAAGCAAGAAAGGAAGUUUGAACGGAAGUAAACAUGAAAGUCAAGAUUCAAGCAAGAAAGGAAGUUUGAACUCAAGUAAACAUGGAAGUCAAGAUUCGAGUAAGAACAGCCAUAAAAAUAGUGGUAAUGAGAAUGAGAUGAAGAAGACUGGAAAAGGCUGCGGGUGUGCUAUUUCAAACAGCGUUAAAAGUUCGAGUUUGACACCCGAUGAAAGUAUCAAAUCAAGUUCAAAAACCAAAAGUAUCACAAGUUCAGAUGCAAGCCCAAAAAGUAAGAGUACAAUCAAUGCAGAUGCAAGCCCCAUUGGAGAGGAAAACUCUCCAAAAGAUAGCAAAGUCUCAAGCACUACUUCAACCUUAAAAGCGGGUUUGGCGGCAAACGUUACGUGCGUGAAGAAUAUUAAGAUUGUUCUUGAAAGCCAGAAUUCCAAGCUGGAAACGAUCUUAACAUUAUUGCGUGCUCAGGGUGCUAGCAGCAACUUUGAGGAACUGCGCGAUGAGAUUCAAGUGCUGAAGAAUAUGCUGCAUUCGAACAAGGAAACUGAGGAUAAUUCGAAGUAUUCACAGCUGGAGGAGCUGAAUCAAACAUUAGAGAUUGAGAUCUUAGAUCUACGUGAACAGCUACAAAAGAGUCAAAAGGGCAUGGAAGAUCUGGGAAUGAUUCUCAUCAACGACAUUACUCAUCGAUCCAGCGAUAUUGCAAGGAACAUCAAGAGUAAAUUUGACAAUAAAUGUUACGUCAGUGAAGAUGCCGAGUUGAUAGCUAGUAAAAUCGAGCAUUUCUUGCAGGAGGUCGCAGCUCUACAUUCCAUUAACCCUAGAGAAAAUCCGGAAGUUGUGGACAACGUUCGAUCUGAUUUGCUGAUAGAUGGAAAACUGAACAUCUUUUCUCUGGAGACGAAGGUGAAGGAAUUGGAUAGAGCAGGCGACGAAAUUUUGACACAGAUCAGAACUUACAAUAAUGAGUUGGAGGAGAUCAAAAUGUGCCUGUUGAAGAAGGCUGAGGGUUUGAAAUCUAAAGUGGAUAAAAUGACACCGCGCGACUUGGUUUACGAUGACCAUCCCGAGGAUAAAAAGCAUAAGAAAUCAUGCAAUGCAUGCUUCAAAGAUGAACAAUCGUACGUGGAUGAAAUUGCUCAAUUGAAGCAGGAGCUGGCCAAAAAGAAGGAGGAGAUAAGGGCAAUACAUGGAGUGGGUUGCGAGGCUAUUCCUGAAUACGAGAAGGAGAUAGAGAAUUUACGAACGCAGUUAAAGCUGUUGCGAAAUGAAUUGGAUGAGUACAAGAAAGAGGUGGGAAGGGGGAAGGAGAAAUCGCAAAGCAUCUUUAUUGAAAAGGACGAUCAGCUUAAAAAAUCGAACUUGGAAUUGGGGUUGCUGAACGAGGAAUUUAGUAAGGUCAACGAGGAGUACACUAAGUUGCUUGAAGAUUACGACAAAAGCCAAGCGGAAAUUCAAAGAUUGAACGAUCAAAUUAUGGAAUUCUCUGACAAACAUAAAGAGAAGGAUUCAGCAAUCUGCAAGUUCAAAGAUACCUUCAAGGAUCUAACGGAAGAGCUGAAGAACGUCAUGGCAACAAAAUGCGCAUGCGAGGAAUUGCGGCUUAUAUUGAAGCAGAACGAGGAGAAGAUGCUGGAAUUACAGAAGGUCAAUGAUCAGUUAGAGACAGAGCUUGAAGGAUUCAAAGGAAAACUGACCAAAGCGAAUGAGACCAGCGAGUAUUUCAAUGAAAAAUUAGAGGAAGCUCUUUGUGAUUGUGAUAAGUACAAAGCGCAAAUUCACGAGGCAAAGAACUCCAAUGCUAAACUGAAGGCCACUUGCUGCAAACUGGAAGAGAUUGCUGAGCAGCACAGGAAGGCGAAGGAUAGUUACAAGAGGGAGUUUUGCGAGUACGUGAAAAAUUGUCCGUCAAAGUUGCCCACCAGCACGUGCAACAUACAAAGUCGUAGGAGGAUUAGUAAUAAGGUGUUGAUGGAUUCGAUGUGUUGCGAGAACACGAGGAAGAGCAAUGUCGCUCAGCCCGAUCUUCAACGCAUCAUCGCUGAAUGCGAACAGUACAAAUCGAAACUGGACAAAAUAAGCUUGAAGAUUCAGAGGCACGCAAAGGAACACGCCGAAUACAGGCAGGAAGCAGAGAACAAGAUCGUUGCAUUGACCAACGAAAAUGAGAAGCUCAAGAGGCAGGUCAUGGACGAAGGCUGUCCGAUAAUCAGAGGGAUGAAAUGCUGCGAUAAUGUUAAUAUUCAGCUUUGCGAGUUACGAGCAUUCGUCACUGCAGCCGAUGCCCAUCUGGAACAAAUCGUUACAGCAAAACUCAAAGCCAAAGAGAUUCUUGAGAAGCUGACCUACAAAACAUCUAGCGUCUGCCAAUACGUUUGCAAUUAUGACACGAUCAGCAUGGGCACGAGCACUAGGAAGAAAGAAAGCAAAAACGAGGACAUUAGCUUGAGGAUGUCCUUUGAAGUUGAAAACGAGAAAUCGAAGAACGUUUUUCCCAGCACCCAGAUGCUCAUGACUAACACCAGUAGCCUCGAGAAUCCUUUCGUUGGUGAUGCCGUCACCAUGACUGAAGAAGUUGAUGAAAUCAAAGACUAUUUGAAAUGCGUCAAGUGCAGUAAAUGCCCUGAAAAGUCUGAAUGCACUGUAUCCAAAGAACAGAAGACCAAAGACUCUUCAGCCGGCAAAGAGUGA